UCUGUGUGACUCAUGACAUCAGAUAUCAGCAAAACAUAUUUAGACCUGGCAGGAGAAAUAAAGCAGAAACAUUUCUCACAGUUCAAAUUCAUCACCGGCUGCAACUAAUCAACCCAGAUUAACCUUUUUAUUGUUUAUGCCAAAUGUUAGAGUUCAUCCAGUGUGAACAGAUGACACAUUAAACCUGCUGCAUGUUGUAAAUGCUUCAGAUGAAACUCUGGAGGAGCAGCUUUCUAUUUCCAGAUUACGCUGAGCGUGAAGAGACUCAGAUGGAGGUCGCUCUGCUCAGAUUGGGAUCAACAGAGCAGCACUGAGGAGUCGUGUUGAGAGAGACCAGAAGCAGAUUCAUUCAUCAGGAUAUUUACAACAAUGGAUGCUCUGACAGAGGAGGCAGGACGGGCGGAUGUGGACGCGGAGAUGACGGCGUUGACCCCUGAAGACGUUACAGGACAAAACCUGGAGGCCAGUGAUGAAGUGGAGAACCUCAGAAACAGCUUACGCGAGGCCGUCCACGACGACAACGUGCGACCCAAGAUGCAGUGCCUGAUGAUGGACUCCUCCUUCUCCAUGGUGACCGUGCAAGGCGAGGACAGCGGCAUCGCGUGGGAGACGACGCCCAGCCGCUGCUCCACGCCGUGGGCAUCUGACGCCGGCGUGGAUCUCAGCUCUCCGGUUGCAGCGCGGCCUGCGACGCCGGGGUCGGUUCCAGCGGGGAAGAUCAUCUUCGUCAUGGACGAGGAGCUGAUUUCAAGGCGGAAGAAGACUAAGGAGAGGACGAACCAGAAGAGUAAAGCAGACAGGCAGCGAGAAGUCCUGGUAGAGAGUUCGGAGAACGUCUCGGGAAGGCCGGAGUUGGUGGAAGUCUCACAGCCGAAUGUGAAAACCGAGGACGGGGAGGAAGAGGAAGAGCACGAUCCUCUGGUGGAUAAAGAGCAGCAGCAGUUCAGCUUAGUGUCCGAGGGCUCUGAGAUCAGCAACAUCGUCGUUCCUCCAAAAUUUGCGACUGUGGACGAAGAGGAGAGCAGAGAGAUGGUGGACAACCUCUCGUAUCUGGAGGACAGCCUCGUCCCUAAAGCCAGCGAGGAGACAAAUGAUAGCGAGCUCACGGGAUCGGAUACAGCGAGAAGCGAGCAGGUCACGUUCUCGUCUUCAGUCGGUGUAAGCGUGAUGGAUCCACCGGGCGCUCCGGUGGCCAGACCUACAGGACGAGGAGCUGCUGGUAACAUGGACUACUUCGAAACGUUCGCACUGAUUGACGCCCAAGCUCCAGGAAGUCCCGCUGUGGUCGCGCAGGGACAGACGGAGGAAGAGUUUGAGAUCGUCCCCGAGAUCCAAGAGGAGCCUGUCCAGUCUAAAGACACCACGACAACACCUGUGGACAACUCAGACACAAUCAGUUUAUUGGAAAUCACCAGCGAGCUUCUGGACGAAGUCUUCUACGGCAGUACGGACAUCAUGAAACCGUUAGACAAAGAGGAGGGACACGUAGCUCGCGCUAGACUCCCCUCAAAACCCAGCGGUUCCACUUUGUUUGGAAGCCAAGAGGACAUCCUGACUCCCAUCUUCCUGCCAGAAGGACCUCGCAAAAUUAUCGACCAAAUCCUGCUGGAGGAGCCCAAAGCGAUGGCGUUCCAUUACACCGACCUCUACGAGGAAGCGACCGGUUGUCGGAAAAUAGAAGAAGACGCAGAAAGUCUGACAUCUGAGAAGUCCUUCCACAGCCGGCAUUCGGAUCGGGAGGCCAGGGGAUAUCUAGAGAAAUUUGUCCUCAUAGAUGAGACGCCUGCGACGGACGUGGAGCCGUCUGAUAAAGGAGAACGCCCACAGGAAGGUCCUCGGGUGUUGACGCAAGAUUUGUAUGAGUUUGGCGAUUUGAUUUCAAAGACAGAAAAAGACGAGAUGCUGAAUUCAGAAGAGGAAAUCACAGACUUCUUCAGGACCGGCGACAACGCUUCUCCCUGUAAUGUGGAGCCUUUCGUUCAAUCGCUCAAAGAGGAAGACGAAACCCAAUUAAAAGAUAAGACAACGAAAAAAGUCUCCAUUAAGAUACAAAAAGUCCCAGUGGAUCCGCUGAGCAUCUCGAGCUUUGAGUUUGUCUCCGAGGAACCCGACUGGGGGAGUGAAGAUGAUCAUCCUGAAGCUCUGGACGACAAAGAUACAGAAAUGAGGAGACAAGAUUCAGAAAUGCAAAAGCCGGUCGCCCCUCCCAGGAGAAAGGCGGCGUCCUCUCCUAAAGAACGUCUGGAUCUGACACCUCUGACUCCAGUUGAUGUCAUGCAGGAAGAAGAAGAAGAAGAAGUGGCUGGUGGGAAGGAGCAGAGGGUGGAGGAGAAGGAGACGGCAUCACCGGCGGAGACCGCUGACGAGGGAGAUGGAGAUGGCGAGGGAACGAAUGUUGCUCUGUUGGAAGACGCCCUGGCUGCAGUGGAGUCCCCACAAACUGAAAGUGUCGCUGCAGCUGAAGAGAAAGACACUAAAACAGUAGAAGAAACAAGACAAACUGAACCAGAAGGAUCGGCUAAAUCAGAGGUUUCUCCAGAGAAACAAGCUGAACCAGCUAAAGACAAAGGACAGUGUGUCAUACUUUAACUGAGCUACAUGUUUAUCGUCAAGUUGCCUUGCUGAUGUGUCCUUAUUCAAGGUCUUAAAGGGAUAGUUCGGGUGUUUUGAAGUGAGGUUGUAAGAGGUACUUAUCCAUAGUC